AUGAUCAUCUACAGGGAUAUCAUCUCCGGAGACGAGAUGUUCUCAGACAUCUACAAAAUCAAAGAAAGCAGUUGUGGACUUUGCUAUGAAUUUGAAGGCAAGAUGGUCUCUAGAACAGAAGGUCCAAUUGAUGAUGCUCUGAUUGGUGGAAAUGCAUCUGCUGAGUGCCCAAACGAAGGGUCAGAUUUAACAACAGUCACAGGAGUUGAUAUUAAAACACAAGAUUCGGGUAACUGGCUUCACAAAAGAAUCUUACAAAUCUUAUAUUAAGGGUUACAUGAAACUAAUCAAAGGAAAGCUUGAGGAAACGAAUCCAACUCGUGUUAAACCUUUCAUGACUGGUGCUGCGGAGAAAAUCAAAGACAUCCUUGGCAACUUUAAAAACUACCAGUUCCUUACAGGAGAAGGCAUGAACACAGAGGCCAUGGUGGCUCUGCUGGAUUUCCGUGAAGAUGGUAUUACUCCUUUCAUGAUCUUCUUCAAGGAUGGCCUGGAGCUAGAGAAAUGUUAA